GUGAGGACACUCUUUGUCAGCGGGCUGCCUCUGGACAUCAAGCCCCGGGAACUUUACCUGCUCUUCAGGCCCUUUAAGGGGUACGAAGGAUCUCUCAUCAAACUCACCUCCAAGCAGCCCGUGGGCUUUGUCAGCUUCGACAGCCGCUCCGAGGCGGAGGCAGCCAAGAACGCGCUGAACGGCAUCCGCUUCGACCCCGAGAUCCCCCAGACGCUGCGGCUGGAGUUCGCCAAGGCCAACACC